AUGGACACGAGUGCGGCGGUGACUCUCCUGGCUCUGAUUAUGGCGAUGGCCGGCGUCCAUCAGGCUCUUCACGUCCAAGGCGGUUUGGACAAAAAUGACAUCGUGCCCGGCAGCUCGGAGGAGAACACGGCUGGCCGGCUUCUGGAGGUGGAAAACAGAGACAAGAGCAUUGAUGAUCGUCUGCUGCCCUCAGUGUUGAGAGCGAUGCUGCUCGGAUUCCAGAGAGAAACCCGGGAGUCUGUUCUCCAUCAGCCACAGAGGUUUGGCCGUAACUCCAGAGGCCCGGUGGUGUCGGAGGAUCACAUCCAGUCCCGGGACUGGGAGGCUGCGCCCGGGCAGAUCUGGAGCAUGGCCGUGCCUCAGCGAUUUGGAAAGAAAUAGCUUAGCACCGUCCUGGUACAACACCAAGCCAUGGGCAGGUGUGGAAAGAGUAAAUUAAAAAAUAAUACUUAUGAACUUUUUUAUUUUGGGCUUCAUGCCAGUCUGUACAAUACUGCUCCAAGACAUUAUGGCCUCGCUUAACAUUUAGUUUUUAGUUUGGGUGCAUGUUUUUUUUUUUUUUUUGUUCUUCUAAUUUCCAACACUCCAAAGUAUAUUACCUGUACAUAAAAUAUAUUAUUAGUUU